AUGUCAAUUCACUAUAGUUUCAUAGCUCGCGACUCUGAGAUGAUCGUCUUUGAAAUCUUGCUUAAUAAAGAUUACGCACAAAAGCCAUUUAAGCGAGAUAUUAAAGAUAAAAUUGUAGAUUUGGAUUCGAUACCAACUGAGAGUAGACCAGCAAGGGAAUAGACAAGCAACUUUGGUAACUCAAAGGAUGAUCUUAAACUAUCUAUCUUUUACUCUACAGUUUAUUUUGGCUGUGUAACUGACUCAGGAUAUCCAGAGGAAAAAUUAUACAGAUUUUUAGAAGAUCUUAAGAAAGAAUUUUCAGCUAUUUAUAAAGGAAAUCUGGGUUACAUCUUUAAACAGACAAAUUUAACACCGAACUGCUAUGAUAAGGCAUUUAAAGCUGCUUUUAAUAAGGUUUUGGAUAAUUAUAAUACUGGUAUUAGCAAUAAAAAUCUAUAAAAUGCCUUUAGAAAAGUCGAGGAAGUCAAGGACAUUGCUGCCAGGUCGAUUACAACAAUGAUUGAUAAUAACAAGGAGACUGAGUAAUUACUAAGCAAAUCACAAUCAACCCUAAUGCUUGCCAAAGAUUUUGAGAAAAACUCUGAGGCUCUAGAAAAAACAAUGGAAAGAUAGAAUUUCUGGUUAUGCUCGAAGAAAUGCAUAAUUAUGUUUGGAGGUGGUGCAAUUAUUGUUAUUCUACUCUAUGUAAUUCUAAGUUUCAUGUUUUGUGGAAAUGCCAAUAUGUUUGGAGGUUGUGAUAGUUGA